AUGUCUACUUCUAACAUUCCCCUCAAGCAAUCCCACGUCCUCACGAUCUCAGGUGUUGUCGAAACCGGUGCUUUGCUCCCACCGUCCGACAGCCGUAACUAUUCAUACCGGGCAUGUACCGUUGCUAUCACUACAAAAGGGUGGAACUCGGAUAACAACAAGGAAUAUGACGGUAAAUGGACAGCUUACUGUUCCCCUCUUGAAGUACCCCACGAAGGCGAGUGCUUUGUUACCAAGGCUCGAUUCCUGCCAGUCAAGGACACCGCCGACUUCAACAUGUACUACGAAGCAGACCAUAAAAUAUUUGUUGGUACUAGUGAGACGUUCACCGGUGUUCUCCAUAACAACACUGCCCUCACCGGCCUUGGUAUCGUAUCCAGUCGCAGAACCAUGCCGGCUGAUGACGAUACCAAGUCUGUACUUUGCUUCGUCAUGAAACAUAUUGAUUAUCAGCCCCAAGCACGCAAAAACCAAUACUUCGAGAUUGAGUACAGAAUCCGCCCAACUCGAAACAUGGAACAAAGUCAAAAGCUGGUACAGGUUGGAAGGGAAACUUUAAUAUCUGGCUUUAUCGUUGAUUUCGAUUCUGAGGCCAAUAGAUUCAUUGUCGAGGUUACGUCUGUCAGUCCCUGUACAGGCAACGAAGGUAGUGGUGCGACGAAAACUGAUCCAUCUGGCCACGUCACACCGGCAGGGCGCGUCAGGCCCGCGAAACAUGUUCCGACUCCAGUCACUCCCACCAACGCCGUCGCUGGUCCGUCUUCGGCGCCAGCUGCAACAGCGUCCAACAAACGGAAAGCUGCAGCAGCUGAGGAGCCCAUUCCCUCCCCACUUGCUGCCGGCCGGCGAACUCGACCUGCUAAGCAUCUACCCAAACCGCCUGCAACAACUUCCAAAACUCCACGCACGCAGGGCAAGGGUAAAGCCAAAGAGGUCUUGGACGAUCCUUCCAUCGAGUCGCCUUUGCCAGAUGCUAACAUGUCCGACCCGGAAACAACCAUUGCUCAACCUGCAACGGCUGUCAAGCGAGCGCCACCCAAGAAGGCCCCGGCUGCAAAAGCCAAGAAGAGCAAGGCAUCCACCAAGGUCGUCGUCAUCCCAGAAGAGCCUGAACAAGACGAUGAAGAUGCUGCUGAGGAAGAUAAUGAUUGGGAGAUGGAGGAAUGA